AUGAAUGGGACUCCUAGAAUGCGUUCUGGCUUUCCGCCUACUCCUGGCAGUGGCCAAAGGAAUCCGACGGGACGAGUAACAUCCCCAUUGCGGGAUCUUCCAACGGCCUCGCCUGCUGCGAUAGAAUCCGAUGCGCCAUUGAUACCGGUAGAGCUUAUUGAUGCUCCUAGCCAGCGCAUGUAUGUUACGGGAUUAUAUGGCUUGCUACUUGUAUGGCGUUUAUAUGAUUGGUGGCAGUUGGUAGAGGAUGAAUCAGAGUCUUUCCCAUUAUUCAUGAAAUGGGUAAUGCUGGACGCUCUCUUUUUAUACUGGGUACCAAAACUACGAAUACCGUGGUUGGAGUGGUCACAAUGGACAUCUCAUGUAGCUUUUGGGCUGCACGCUAUUUUUGAUUUCGUGCUGAUGUUCAGGAUUGGCCUUCCACUCCAAGGGUGGGUUCUACUUCUUACGAAGACCUUUUUCGACAGUGAACUCGCCAUUUCGGAGAACAGUGUUCGGCCUGCCACCAUUUUGCACAACUCAUCUUUGAUCAUGGGUAGGCAAAUUAUCAAUAUAUUGCCAGAGGGAUCCGCGACAUUGAAUCCGGAUGGUCUUCCAUUCUGUUUAGACAGUAGUCGUCCUUCUGUCAAGCUCCCGAUGUAUUUUAACCAGACCAAACCUGUACACAUUGAACUAUUACGCUUCGACUUCGAUACAAAUGCAAACGAAACGAUAGAGCUGAAGAAAAGAGACAUGAAGAACUUUCGAAAGAUGGAUGAUGAGCCAAACGUUUAUACGCUUGAUUACAUUGUGAAGAAACCGGGAUUAUACAGGCUUCACAAGAUUAUAGAUCAGUCGAAGCUCGAAGUACAGCGGAGAAUGUCUGAUACGCUUGUUGUAAAAUGCCCUAAAGCCAUCAUCAGGUCCACGAGCUCGGACAAGUGUCUGGGAGAUCUUUCCGACCUCUCUAUCGAGCUUGAGGGAACAGCCCCGUUGAAGAUUGUGUAUGGACGUACCAUCAACGACAAAGAUCGCAGUUUCCACUUCCAGAGUAAUCAACCGGAGAACUUCGUGUCGCCGCUCCUGGGUUCAACUAGGCCCAGCACAUUACUUACUCUAGGAAAUCAGGAUGUUUCAUGGGGACAAGCUAGAAAGGUUGUUAUUCCAUUGAAUGAAUCUAUGACCCCCAGUGGUUUGUGGUUAUACUCGAUCAAUGAGAUUCACGACGCUACUGGAAAUGUCGCAAAUUUCACGCUCAUUGGUGAAGAUGGAGAGCUCAUCUAUCCCAAGAAUACACACAUGGAACAGAGUCUUACAGUCCAUGAGAGGCCCCUCGCAAGGCUCACAGGCUGUGAUUCUAGGAGUCCACUUAUGGUUGCUAUCGGCCAAUCCACACAACUUCCGGUAAAAUAUGCAUCGCCUGGCCGAACACCAGACGACACUUCUCAUACUUUGACAUACAAGUUCUCUCCCCUUGACACUCUGACCGCCGCGGGUGAUCAUGGCAGCGAGGUGAUUUUUGAGGAAUACUCUGCCCGGAAUGCCCACCAAUCGCCAAAUAUCCGCGAACCAGGUCUUUAUACCCUGGUGGGUGUUAAGAGCAAAUUCUGUGAAGGUGAAGUCAGGGAGCCUGCUUCUUGCUUACUGCUGAACCCACCCGAGCCACAGCUGUCUAUAAGCGCCGAGAAUAUCAACGACAAGUGUGCUGGCAAUUCCAUUGGCUUACUUGUUGACCUUGAUCUAAUAGGCACUCCACCGUUCGUUGUAAGGUACAACAUAAUUACAAAGAGUGGUCUCAAGCAUGAAUCGGUGAAAGUAUCUGGAUUACGACAUCAAUUGGAGCUCAAGCCUCGCGAUGCAGGUCAUUUUAAAUAUCAGUUUACCUCAGUGGAUGAUGCUGUUUACAAGAACCACAAAUUGAAUAGCAAUGAUUUAGUUCUGGAACAAGAUGUGAAGCCACCGGCUUCGGCCUAUCUUAGACGGCCUGCAGGUGAUAUUGACGCAUGCAUCGAAGAGCCUGUGGAGAUGAAUGUUGAGCUCUCUGGCGAACCACCUUUUACCUUGGAAUACGAGAUUGUUCAUGACGGAAGACGUCGAAAGCAAAAGGUCACUGGAAUCGAAAGCGACAUCUACAAGAUAAAGACGGAUCCUUUGGUCACUGGUGGAGAAUAUUCUCUCGCUCUUGCAAGCGUUCAGGACAAAACAGGCUGCAAGAUAUUCCUUAACGGCGAGGUCAAAUUUAUGCCUCCUUGGAGCAUCAAAUACCGAAAUGUAAAUGAUGAUUCUGGUAAGAUUUUGGAAAAGACUGCUAUGUCAACCAAUGAUGCGGUUAAGGUGGAUGCUCGUGGUACAUACGAAUUACUUGAUGUAAACGAUAAUCAGUGUCCCGGGACAGUCGAUCCCAAGGCAUCCUUAUUUGAGGUUGACUGGCUUCCAAGACCGAAGAUUAAAGUUGCUGAUAAUUCGGCUCUUGUGCUGGAUGGUAAGAAAUAUGUUAAGCAUGAAGUAUGCGAAGGUGAUAUAGAUGCAGUCGAGGUCAAUCUUAUUGGUAAGUUCCCCCCUUACCACGUCAAAUAUGAGAUUCGUCACAAGCCGGAACAUGGCUCGGCAUCUAUCAGUAAUAAAGAGUUUGACGCAGGUCUUGGACUUUCAACUGUUUCCAUGGACACAAUCAAGCCUGGUCUUUAUGAGUAUAAAUUCUCGGAGCUCUCCGACAAUCUUUAUGACCAUGACUCCAAGAAGUUUUCGCCGCUCAUCAUUGAGCAAAAGGUUAACAGGAAGCCAGCUGCAAAUUUCAUUAAACCAGGACAAUCAUAUAAAUAUUGCAAGGAAGAGCUCGCUGGGGAUGAGGUUAUCCCUAUUAAACUCGAGGGCAUUCCUCCAUUCUACCUUGAGAUCGACAUUAAACAUCAGAGUAGUGCAAGACCAGAAACUGUCAAGAUUGCCAAUAUCGAUUCCAAUCAUUAUGAUUUCCGGAUACCUCACCGAGUGCUGUCGCUAGGCAUUCAUCAAGUCAGUGUACGAAAGAUUCGCGACUCCAGAGGGUGUCAGCAAAAAACAGAACAUGGUGCUCCUCAUGUACAAGUACAAGUUUACGACGUUCCUACUAUUCAUCCCUUGGAGUCUCGUACAGACUACUGUGUGGGAGAACGAAUCGGGUACACAUUAUCGGGCACAGCGCCGUUUGAAAUUUACUAUACUUUUGAGAAUGUGCAAAGGAAAGCAAAAUCACCAAAUACUAGUUUCAGACGUAUUGCCGAGAAGCCAGGAAACUUCACAAUAACUGCUAUAUCGGAUAAGGCCAGCGAAUGUAAAGCAAAGACUGAGAUCACAAAGAUUAUUCACCAAAUGCCCAGCGUCAAGAUCAGUAAAGGAAGGCAGGUGGAAGUUGAUAUUCACGAGGGAGGGCAAGCUGAACUGCUAUUCGAAUUCUGGGGCGUACCGCCUUUUGAGUUCACGUACACAAGAAGUACGAACGCGAAGAAGGGCCAGAAGUCUCAUGUGCUGGAGACCAGACAUGAGAUUUCAUAUGAACACAGCAAGACGAUACAGUCUUCGCAGGAAGGUACUUAUGAAGUAGUGGCCAUUAAGGAUCAAUUCUGCUCCUUCUCAACACAGAAAUCGGAUGGAAAGAGUGGGCAGAAGUUGCUUCAAUAUUAA